CCUUGUAUUUAAUAGAAUGAUCAAAAAGCCCCUUUCCUCUUCUUCCUCAUUUGGCUCUCUGCUUUGCAUCAAGUUUUUCUGCACCAACUCUUCUAUAAAACCUAGAUUUUUAUAAUUGUUUUUGUACUUUUUUAAUUCUCAAUUUGAAGCUCUAAGCCCUUUUAUAUACACAAUAUAUCAAAAGGGUUUUUAAUUCAUUCUUGAUCAAUAAGCAGAAAAGGACUCUCUUUUUUUCAAUUAAUUCAAAUUUUACUUGAGUUUCUUUAUGUUAUUGCAUAUCUUUCACAAGGUUCUUUUCUUUAACUGCUAUUAAAGUAAACCCAUUUGUUUGAUAUUAUCUACUUUUAGUAAAGGCGAACCUUUGUAUGAGUAUAUAUUUUUUUUGGGUUUUUUUAAAGACCUGAACUUGAUAAAGAAAAAUAUGGCAUCAAGUUUGCAUCAAUGGGAAUCUGACCCGCUGUUCUCAGCUGCUGAAGUGGUUCAAGACUCUGCUGACAGGAUGGAGUCACUUUUUCGACUCCUUUUGCAUGAUCAGAGUCUUGUUCGAGGUGACCAUCCUGAUCCCAGGCUGCUUAUGUCCAUAGAAUAUCAUAGGCGUGAUCUUGCAACUAUACUUGAAACUGCAAAAUGGCAGUUGGAAGAUUUUGAAAGAGCCGUUCACUUCUCAGCUGUGCAAGAUAAAUCUCGAUCUAGGGAAGAUGUGAUUUCCAGACAUAGGCAGUUCAUUAGAGCCAUUAGAGAACAAGUAAAUCAUGUGGAGAAUAGUGUAGCUGGCCCGGCUUUGGGAGAUUCAAUGAGAAAUACUGAAUGGGGUAAUUUAAAUGAACAGGACAGAGAUGGAUUAGCCUUGUUUCUGAUUGGAGGAAAUACCGCUGGACAUUCUAAUCAUUAUGAGAUGGAAGAUAGUAGCAUAUUGAGAAGAUUUCUUGAUCCAACCUCAGCAUCAAGUUUAACAGAUAAUGAAAUUGUUGAGCACGGGAGCGUAGAAUUUGAGAAGUUGAAACUGAGUGGAAAUGUGCAAGCAGAUGAUUCUGCGUCGAAGGAUGAUUAUUUCAAAAAGCUGGGUUCACAUUACACUACUAGAUUAGGCUCAGAUCUCCAAGACAUCUCCUGUAACAGGCCUGGCGAUGGUGGUCACUGGGAUCUAGAAGCUGAUGAAGCCACACCUAAAAACGUUUUCCAUGAAAACAGUUCUAGAUACAGUAGAAUGAACUUUUUUGGUUUCCUGAACAAUCUAUGGAAAAUGUGGGGGACCAAGGUCACUAAGAGCUAUAUAAAGAGGUUGAAAGAUGGAGAAGAACAAAGGCAUUCUCCCACAUACAUUGAUGUUUCAUAUUCUGCACAGGGUCAACAUAUGGGACCAAGUUUAGGAUCUAGAUGUAGAAGCUUGACAGGAUUAUGCUCUAGAUUUCGAGCAAAUCUGAUGAUCCUGGGCGGCAGCCUAGAAGCACAAUAUCAAAGAUUUCCCUGCCACAUUCAAGUCAAUCGACAUUCAAUGCAAGUAAUAUUCACAAUAAUCUUUGUACUCAUAUUUUUUGGGAUACUGGUGUCCAAAUUUGCUUAGAAACGGUCAACUUAAUUUAAUUCUGCAAAUUAUCCAUGGAGAAGAAGUUGCAUAAGUCCCAUUGAAGAACAGAAAAAAAUAAUGUCCCAACUCCCCACCCUGAAAUGUUGCUUGGGAGCAUAACUCUGUCUGCUGCCAUGUAUAAACAAUCCCAUGAUCAUGUGAUAAAUAUUUAACGUGUAACAUGUAAUUGAUUAUAACAAAUCUGCAUGCCUUUGGUUGUUGUGAUGGUUUUGGAAUAGUAUUGGAGCGUGUUCACCAGCCUGGAGAAUGUCCCUUCUUUCUUA